AUGUGGGUUUACGGAGCCAUAGGCAUGUGUUUGUUCACUCCAUUUGGGCUUGAAAUCAUUGAUCAUAUAUCUAAUAAGUUGUACCAGGCCAUUAGUGAUGGAGACCAUCGAGCUAACACUAAUGGAGAGGGACAUGUUGCUGACAUUAAUGGAGAGGAUGAGCAAGUUGAGGUCGUGAAUGCUAAUGGAGGAUCUAAAUAUGCUGCUUUAAAGAAUAAUUCUUACAUCCGUGAUCCACUCUCAAACAUUGUAGGACCAAUGACUCGUGCUAGACGAAAAAAGAUGGAUGAAUCACUUAAUAGUCUAAUUGUUACUACAUGGGCUAAGGAAGAAAUUAAGCUUGAAGAUUACAAGCCCAAGACUAUUAAUUUGUUGCAUGUGACACCAAAUGGACUUGGCCCAUUUGGAGAGAAGGAAUUUCGGCCCUCAAUCCAAGGAGAGAUGAUGAGAAUCAUGCCAAUCAAGGAAGAAAGGAUGGAUCUUGACUACCUAUGUGAUAGGGAGUUGGUUCAAGAGAGCUAUGAUCAAGAUGAUGAGAAUGUCAUUAACUUUGGGGUUCAAACCAAAGGAGAUGAUGACCUCAUGGAAAUAAGUGCUGAAGAGUAUCAAGAGAGUUUGACUCUGUGUGCUCCAUGA